UUAUGACGUAGUGACCACGUGACAGAAAGGGGAACCAAAAUGGCCGCUGUUAUAUUUUGACGUGUAAUAGCUAGCGACUUUUUCUUUUUGUUUCACUCUGGACAGAAAACAAGCCAAGGAGAGACUUGUCGGGCUCGCCGCAUGCCGCGACUCGGCACGGACUAGUCUCCUCGUUUUUACCUUCGAGACAAUCAAGACUGACACAUUUUAGUUGAACGAGUUAGACUAUGCAUAUUUAAGUUGGGAUAGAGGCUAGCUAGCAGGCUCUGGCUGGCACAAGUGGAGGAGUUGGAAGUGAGAUAGCUUGUUAAGUUCAGCUGCGAUGGAGGAGUUGAGCGCAGAUGAGAUUCGCAGAAGGCGAUUGGCACGGCUGGCAGGGGGACAGACUUCACAGCCUAACACCCCUCUCAGCACCCCACUGACUUCCCCACAGAGAGAAACUCCACCGGGACCACUUCCUGGACCCUCAGGUGCACCGUCUCAGCCCCUGCCACCAGCUGCCUCUCAAUUAUUAGGGCUCAAUGCGCACAGCGGUACCCCAGCCACAUCGCCCAUCUGCACCACUGGUGUGGCUUAUGGCAGUCAAAGUAGUGAAGGUGUGAGCUCCCUGUCCAGCUCCCCGUCCAACAGCCUUGAGACACAGUCCCAAAGUUUGUCCCGAUCACAGAGCAUGGACAUCGACACCACCUCUUGUGAAAAGAGUAUGUCUCAAGUGGAUGUGGACUCAGGGAUAGAAAACAUGGAGGUGGACGACAGCGACCGCAGGGAGAAGAGAAACAUGACAGAAAAAGACACCUCUGCAAACUCAGACCUCUCAGAAGACCAGGCUCUGCAGCUCGUUUGUAAGAUCCUCCGCGUAUCAUGGAAGGAGCAGCAUAGAGAUGUCAUUUUCCUCCCUUCGCUGGCAGCUGAAUUUCAGCACAACCCUAAAGAUGUAUUCUCUGAUUUCAAAGACCUGAUCAGCCAGAUCCUGAUGGAGGUUCUCAUGAUGUCCACCCAGUCGCCUGUUCACAACCCCUUUGCUAGCUUGACAGCCACCUCGCAGCCAAUUGCAGCAGCCAAAUCUCCAGACCGCCAUUUGACACUGGUGCAUCCCUCCAGCCAAGGCGGCAGCCCCAUGGGCCCCGGGACGGGGUCCUUUGGUGCCAGUUCUCUGUCUAGCCUUUAUGGGUGUGGUAGCCCUUACCCAAUGGCUCUGGAUGCAACCAAGAGGACUUCACCAAAUAUUCCUACCAAUCCCUCUGCACCUCCUACACCUUCCACACCUUCUAUGCCACAAUUUAUUGUUCCACCCAGCCCACCCACUACUACUGUUGCUCCCCCUAGACAAUCCCUCAACCCUCCAUCUUCCCCCAUGCCCAUCUCUCAGCGCUAUCGGCCUUACUCCGUCACAUCUCCCUGGGGGGCUCCGUCCCCAUCCAGCCCAGGCCAAAGAGCAUUUAGCUUUUUUGCGCCGUCUCCAAGCCCAGGUGGUCCCGCUGUGCCCCCCAAUACACCGGUCCCUUUGCCGGCUACUACCGCUCAUUCCCUCUCCUUGAGUUCACCCAUGGCUCAGAGCCAGACCUGGUCCGCACCAGCCCCAGUGGUUCCCCCUUCUCCCAGAACAACAGCCCGACAGGCCGCCUUUGCUUCCCGGAUCCCACCUUCUAGUCCAAUUAUGUGCUUCACUUUUUUAUCAUCUUUUGUAUCUUGCUUGCUCUUUGUUCCUUUUCUUAGUUGUUUUUUUUACUCUUUCAAUCUUUACCUCACUCCUGUUUUUUCCCCCCAUCACGUUAGCCCCUUGUCCCUCCUGUUGUUUGCCGUCUCUGACAUAUCACAGGACAGCAGCGAUGAAGAGCCUGAGGAGGAGGAAGAUUUUGCACGGGUUCAGUUUGGGUCAAGUCUUGGGGCAUGCGGAGGGUCGGUGUCUUGUGAUUCGGCCGGAGACCGCUUCACCAUUGAAGCGUGCAAAGAGACAGAGAUGCUGAACUACCUCAUUGAGCGCUUCGAGAGUGUUGGCAUGGAGGAGAGGAAAGCUCCCAAGAUGUGUAACCAACCUAAUGUCAGCCAGCUUCUUAGCAACAUUCGCUCUCAGUGUAUCUCUCACGUUGCCCUUGUCCUUCAAGGUUCUCUGACCCAGCCUAGGAGCCCUCUGCAUCAUUCUCUGCUGGUCCCUUAUAUGCUGUGUCGGAACCUUCCAUAUGGCUUUAUCCAGGAACUGGUGCGCAUUACCCACCAGGAGGAAGAAGUGUUCAGACAGAUCUUCAUUCCUAUCCUUCAUGGGCUGGCUCUAGCGGUAAAAGAAUGUUCCUUUGACAGCGACAACUUUAAAUACCCCCUCAUGGCAUUAGCAGAGAUUUGUGAAAUCAAGUUCGGAAAGACUCACCCUGUGUGCAGUUUGGUAACGUCACUUCCUCUUUGGUGUCUCAAACCUCUGAGUCCAGGAUGUGGCAGGGAAAUUCAGAGACUGUCUUACCUUGGCACCUUCUUCAGCCUCUCUGUGUUUGCUGAGGAUGAUACCAAAGUAGGAGACAAAUAUUUCUCUGGUCCAGCUAUCACCAUUGAGAACACGAGAGUUGUCAGCCAAUCCUUGCAGCAUCAUCUGGAGUCAGCAAGGGGUGACCUCUUUAAAGUUCUUCACAACAUCCUACUAAACGGAGAGACACGUGAAUUAGCUCUUAGUUACAUGGCAGCUUUAGUCAACUACAAUGUGAAGAAAGCCCAGAUGCAGACUGAUGACAAACUGGUGUCGACAGAUGGCUUCAUGCUCAACUUCCUUUGGGUGCUGCAGCAGCUCAGCAUGAAGAUCAAGUUGGAAACAGUGGACCCCUUCUACAUUUUCCACCCCCGUUGUCGCCUUGUCGUCAGCACAGAGGAGACCCGCCUGAAGGCCACCAUGGAAGAGCUCAAGAGCUGGCUGUCUGAGCUCCAUGAUGAUGCCACCAAAUUCUCAGAGCCCAAGUUUCCCACUGAAUGUUUCUUCUUGACCCUGCACACCCACCAUUUGUCCAUUUUGCCUGGCUGCAGGCGCUAUAUCCGCAGGUUGCGGGCCAUUCGUGAACUGAACAGGACUGUAGAGGAGCUGAAAAACAGUGAAGGCCAAUGGAAAGAUUCACCACUGGCCAGUCGACACAGAGAGAUGCUCAAGCGAUGCAAAACACAACUCAAGAAACUGGUUCGAGCCAAAGCAUGCGCUGACGUAGGCCUUCUGGAUGAGAACCUGCUCCGCAGAUGUCUCCAGUUCUACAGCACUGUCAUUCAGCUCAUACUCCGUAUGGUAGACGCUGCUUAUCCUAACAUCACUUUGCCAUUGAACCCUGAGAUCCCCAAAAGCUUUGCUGCUCUCCCAGAAUUUUACAUUGAAGAUGUGGCUGAGUUUUUGCUUUUUGUCGUGCAGUAUGCUCCCCAAGUUUUAUACGAGCCUUGUGUUCAAGACAUCGUCACUUUUUUGGUAGUGUUCAUCUGCAGUCAGAACUACAUCAGGAAUCCAUACCUUAUCGCCAAGUUGGUUGAAGUUUUGUUUGUCACCAACCCUGCUGUGCAGCCUCGCACUCAGCGCUUCUCUGAAAUGAUGGAGAACCACCCGUUGUCCAUCAAACAGUUGGUGCCCGCCCUUAUGAAGUUCUACACUGAUGUUGAGCACACUGGUGCCACCAGUGAGUUCUACGAUAAAUUCACAAUAAGGUACCAUAUCAGUACCAUCUUUAAGAGUCUAUGGCAAAACAUCGCCCACCACGGCACUUUCAUGGAGGAGUUCAAUUCCGGCAAACAGUUUGUUCGCUACAUCAACAUGUUGAUCAAUGACACCACCUUCCUGUUGGAUGAGAGCCUUGAGUCUCUGAAGCGCAUCCAUGAGAUUCAAGAGGAGAUGAAGAAUAAGGAUCAGUGGGAUCAGCUCCCCAGGGAACAGCAGCAAAGCCGGCAGUCCCAGCUGACUCAGGAUGAGCGGGUGUCUCGCUCCUAUCUAGCCUUGGCCACAGAGACGGUUGAAAUGUUCCACAUCCUCACCAAGCAAGUCCAAAAACCUUUCCUCAGGCCUGAGCUGGGGCCGCGUUUAGCCGCUAUGCUGAACUUUAACCUCCAGCAGCUCUGCGGGCCCAAGUGUCGGGACCUGAAGGUAGAGAAUCCUGAGAAGUAUGGCUUCGAACCCAAGAAGCUGUUAGACCAGCUGACCGACAUCUACUUGCAGCUGGACUGUGCCCGCUUUGCCAAGGCAAUAGCGGACGACCAGCGGUCAUACAGUCGAGAGCUCUUUGAAGAGGUCAUCUCCAAGAUGAGGAAGGCUGGCAUCAAGUCAUCUAUCGCAAUUGAAAAAUUCAAGCUGCUAUCUGAAAAGGUGGAGGAAAUAGUUGCCAAGAACUCCCAGUCAGAAAUGGACUACAGUGACGCACCUGACGAGUUCAAAGACCCUUUGAUGGACACGCUGAUGACCGACCCCGUCAUACUGCCCUCCGGAAACAUCAUGGAUCGAUCCAUCAUCCUGCGCCACCUGCUCAACUCGCCCACUGAUCCCUUCAACCGGCAGCCUCUCACAGAGAGCAUGCUGGAGUCAGUCCCCGAAUUGAAGGAGAGGAUCCACGCAUGGAUGAGAGAAAAACAAGGAGGGCGACUUGUUUAAAGACUCAAUGUCAACUACACCCAUGAUCAAGGGAUCUGGCCCCAAAUCGCCUGAAUUGAGUGUCACUGCUACCAACAAUAACCAACAUUAUUAUAUGAUUUUUAUUUUUAUUUACACGUUUUGCCCUAAUGAUGCUUAAAAACAACAUAAUAAAGUUAAGAUUUUUUAUUUG